AUGUCGGUUCGUCCAGAUCUUCAUCAGCACUAUGUGCGAGCCUGUGAAAAACUGGGCCAGCCUGAGAACCCCUUCAUUGCUCGUGUGCUUCAAGGAACUGAUAAAAAUGAUAAAAUCAGAUGGACAAAAGGAAUCACCUUAAAAAUAGCUGGAAAUAAUCAUCUAAAGCCAGUGCAGAGAGUAACAGAUGAGGAUCUUGGAGUUCUUGCCUCUGUCUUACUCAAUGCUGCAUUUGUCACAGGUUUGGAUCUUGGAUAUAAUGUAUUGACUGAUGCUGGAGCAAAGACCAUGGCAGCAUUCCUCCAGGAAAACUCCUCUCUGCGGUACCUGAACCUGAUGUUUAAUGACAUUGGCACUAGUGGGGCAGAGCUGAUAGCAAGAGCACUCUGUAGGAAUAAAACUCUAGUGCACAUGAGAAUGACUGGAAACAAAAUAGGAAACCAAGGUGGGAUGUUCUUUGCUUCAAUGCUAGAAAUUAACUCAACAUUAGAGAAGUUGGAUCUUGGAGACUGUGAUGUGGGUAUGCAGUGUCUAAUAGCGACAGCCUUAGCUCUGGCUCAGAACAAAUCACUCAAAGCAAUAAACCUAAAUCGGCCUUUACUAUACAGCCAAGAGGAAGAGACCACAGUCCAUAUAGCUCAGAUGUUGAGGAAUAACUCUUCUCUGGUGGAGCUGCACUUGAGCAAGCAGGAAAUGAAAACCUUUGGUGUAGAGAGACUGUGUGAGGCACUGUAUGGAAACUCCAGCCUGAGAUACCUUGACCUUAGCUGUAAUAAAAUAACCUGUGAUGGUGUAAAGUUUCUGGGAGAGCUACUGAAACAGAACCAGACCCUGGAAAUCCUGGAUCUCAGUGCAAACAGAAUAGAGGAUGAUGGAGCCAUGUACCUGAGUGAAGCCUUGGCUUUGAACAACAGAGCUCUGCAGGCGUGA